CGUGAUCUCGCCGAACAUGGCUCUCUAUAGAACGGUACAGUUGAGCGGCUGUGCGCGGAUGUGUGUGUCAGUCGCGAGGCCGUACUCCACCGUGGCACGAUCCCCGUCCACCCCCUUACCUCUGCGCUCCAAGCUCCUCUUUUUCCUCUCCCAGCAUUUCUACGACGUCGAACAGCUGCUCAGCUGGAGCUCCUGGCUCAGGAACUGGACUCUGAGGCGGAAAAACACUUUCUAUAGCUACACACAGGAACAAUAUGGGAACAAUGUAGCCGCUGCCUUCUACAUCCUAAGUUUAAAGGGUGGAUUCAGGUUUUCGGGGCAGUCCGAGUGGUUCCGGCCAAACGAAAAGGGCAAGUUCAGCUGGGACUUUGUCAAUUUCCAGGAGCACCCUAUUGAGGAGGUGGAUGUCAGUGGCACUGUGAUCAACUGCACAGGACUUGACAACCUUGUGAGUCAGAAGAACCUGCGCACUCUUUCCUUGCGCGGCUGCCGUGAGGUGGAUGACUGGUUCCUGUCUCGCCUACACAUUUUCCAGGAGAGCCUGGAGGAGCUCAACCUGUCUGGCUGUCCUCGCAUCUCUGUGGGGGGGCUCUGUGCCCUGCAUCACCUGAGGAAGCUGCGGAAGCUUGACCUGUCCUCCCUCCCCCGGGUUCAGAAUCCAGGGCUGGUACGCAUCCUGCUGGAGGAGGUUCUGCCCCACUGCCACAUUACUGGAGUGGAGUACGAUGAGGGUCUGCAGGCCUUCCAAGAAGAGAAGGACUCUGAGGCUUUGAGUUCCACGGGAACAGGAGCGUGAUACUCGCAGGCAAAUGUGACAGUAAUGUGACAGCACAUGGGUGUACACAGGGUAACGUGAGCAGUCCCAGAAGCCAUACCAACAGAUUGAUGAGAAUAGGCUGUGAAGCCAGCAGGUGUAGAAGUACAGAGGAAUCCAACUACAACAACAUAUUCUAAUUCUUUGUAGAGUUUGAUUUAUGCUUAAAGGCUAUGGAAUUAAACACACUAAGAAUAGUCUUGGAAAACACGUAUCAGUCAAGUAGUCAGUUUCAGAUCUUCCCUGGCAGUACAGAAUUUAUAGUGCUCAGUUCAGCUCACCUGUUAUUUUUCCAGACUGCUGUUUUCUUGCAUUUUUGGAGAAAAAGUCUACAAGAAAUAUGUUGAAAAAGUGCAGUUAUAAAUAUUUAUUAACUUCACAGCUUAGUGGUAGCUAGAUUUACCCAUUACGGUUUUUUGGUUACAGCAGGACAGUUUUCAGGCCUAAGGUUUGUGUUUUGUAUGCCCAAAAAAUGUACAAUUUUCAUACAGUGUUACUUAAAUACUGUAUGUAUUCUACAUUCUAUAUGUCAUCAUUUUUUUUCAAGUUAUGCUAUAUGUCUCUUAAGUUUAAUCCAAUCCACCACACACCUGUCUCCUUAAUUUAGGAACACAUGUGGAACCGGCAACCUGUUCAUAAUUUUAUAACGCCACAAAGUCACUUUUUCUGCUUAGUCGAAAUCAAUAAAAGUUUAAUACAAAUGUAUGCCAAUUUGUGUAUGGGUUAGGUCUUGUAAAAAUCUCCAGUAGAAAUAUAAUAAAUAUACUUGGUAAGAUUUUUAAUUUGGAGCAUUCAGAUCUCUUAAAAUAAAAAAAUGUUGUUUCAAUAAACUUCUA